AUGGGUGGGCGAUCCUCCAGCCCUCUGGACAAGCAACAGCAGCAGGACCUGAGGGGCCGGGUGGACGCGCUGCUGAGAGACUUCCUACCCUGCUACCGCACACAGCUGGCUGCCUCCACCCUGCAGCAUCUCUCCCGGGAACUGAGCCCCCAGGAGCCCCCCGUGUGCCAGCUGCUGAGGAGCAAAAAGCUACCACGAGUGCGGGAGCAUCGCGGAACCCUGACCCAACUCCGGGUCCGCCAGUUACAGUGGCAUGAGAUCUUCUGUGUGCUGCAAGGAGAUGGUCGCCUGGAGUGGUUCAGCCACCGCGCGGAAUAUGAGAAGGGGGGGAGCCCGCUGGGCGGCGCGACCCUGACAGGAUACACAGUGCUCACCUCCCAGCGUGAGUACCUCCGCCAGUUGGACGCUCUCUGCCGGGACCCCCUGGGACACACCCCACAGGACCCCGACCCUUUCCUGGAGAUGCCUGGAGCCUUCCCGCUGUUCCUGCAUCAUCCCUUCCGCCGGCACCUCUGCUUCUCGGCCACGUCGGCAGCUGCACAGCGGGCGUGGCGUCUGGCGCUGCAGGAGGGAAUCCGACUUCGGGGCACAGUCCUGCAGCGGAGUCAGGCGCCUGCUGCUCAGGCCUUCCUGGACGCCGUCCGGCUCUACCAGCAGCACCGAGGCCAGUUUGGCGAGGACGACUUGACCCUGGGUUCGGAUGCUGAGGUGCUGACCUCGGUGCUGAUGCGGGAGCUGCUGCCCGUACUGCGUGCCCAGACCCUGCCUGGCCUGCGGGGUUCCGGUCGGGCCCGGGCCUUGGGCUGGACAGAGCUUCUAGACGCAGUCCACGCUGCCGUGCUAGCAGGGACCUCUGGAGGCCUGCGCGCCUUCCAGCCUGAAAAGGACGAGCUGCUGGCGAAUUUGGAGAGGACCCUCCGGCCCGACGUGGAGCAGAUGCAGCAGCUACGGGCACGCGUGGCUGGGAGGCUGCAAGGUCAGAUCCAGGCUCCCCUGGAGGCCUGCCUGUGCCGGAACGUGGACUCGCAGCUGCCUCAUGUCACGAAGAAGCUGCUGAGUACCGUGGAAGCUGCGCUGGGGGCGGUGCAGGCCCUUCUAACCCAGGGCAUGGACCGGCUGCACCGCCACGUGCAGGGGGUUCGUGGGUGCCCCUCCGGUAGGCGGCUGCGCAAGGAGGUUUACUCCUUUGGGGAGAUGCCAUGGGAUCCAGAGCUAAUGCAGAAGUGCUACCGGGAGGCUGAGCAGAACCGUGGGCGCCUGGGGCAGCUGACAGCACCAUUUGGCUUCUCUGGGACUCAAAGCCUGGUGUUUGGGGUCCUGGAUCUUGUGCAGCAGCUCAUGGCCGACGCCGUGGCCACCUUCCUGCAAUUAGCGGACCAGUGCCUGAGCCCAGCCCUAGACUGUGACCAGGCUGCCGGUCAGCUGGAGAAAGUGCAGGGGCGCGUGCUAAAGAAGUUUCAGUCUGACAGUGGCUCAGCGCAGAGAAGCUUCGUCAGCGGGUGGCUGCUCCGCAUCUUCUUGCCUUUCGUGCUGAGCCGGCUGGAGCCAAGCUGCAGAGUGGAGCUGACUGAGUUUGAAGCGGAAAUCCUGGCUGUGGGCAGCCCGGCCCUGACCAUCAAUGGGGUCUACGAGGAGCUUGUACGGGGGGUCCUGCUGCAGAGGAUCGAAAGAGAGUUGACCAAGGCCCUCGGCGAUGGUGACUACGCACUGGAGGCCUCCAGGGAGCAGGUGGCAGCAGAUGAUGGAGUGAAGGCCUCUAGCAGGGCUGCCCCCUGCCUGCCCCGGGGGCGUUCCAGGACUGAAGGUCACGCCUCAGCCUUCACCCCUCUCGGCUUGAGGGGGAAGUUGGUUUGUGGAAUUUCUGUGCCAGAACUUUCUCAGGACUCAGAGGCAUUGACCUUCCACCCCAGCCCGUGA